AAUUGUUGUAUAAAAAUCACGGAAUUGUGACUUUGAAAUCUAUAAAUAUAAGCAACUUAGAGAUUCAACCUGACAGGAUUACAAAAUGAUGAUUCAACUCAUCACAGUAUCUCUUCUGUUUUUAGGAACACAAGUGUUGUUAACACAAGCUUGCUUUCAUGGAGAUGUUCAAUUGGUAAACGUUAACAAAAUUGUCGAGUUCUGUUAUAAGGGAGAAUGGAGAAGGAUCUGUGUGUCUGAUGAUUGGGGCAACGUUGAGGCCAACAUUGUCUGCUCUCAACUUGGAUACAGCAAUCAAGGUGCUACGACCAGCGAUGUUAGUAUUAGUGAGAAUUCACCCUAUAUGUUUUUAAGAUUUGUCAACUGUGAUGACUCCGAUGCUAAUAUUGAUGAGUGCUACUAUGAAGCUCGUGCUGGCUGUAAUAAAAUUAAUAAACACGCAACAGUUCAAUGUUCAAGUGAUAAUUGUACUGACAGUGACAUUCGAUUUGUGGGUGGAGCUACUGACAACGAGGGAAAAGUUGAAAUGUGUACAGAUGGCCGUUGGAUGGCAAUUUGCAGCAACGGAUGGACUGAUCAAGAUGCUGGACAGAUGUGCCAAAAGUUUGGAUUUGCUAGCAUUGGAGCUGAAGUGCUUGUAUUCAACCCACGAAGAGUACCAACCAUCAACUGCACUAUAAGCGAUUCUGGCAACCUCUUUUGCAAUGAAUCAUGUGACGAUGACACAACAGACCUAGGGAUUCGUUGUGUCAGGCAGGAAGUUCUGAACCAAGUUACUAAUUCCACAGACUUCUCGUGUGAUUACUGUAAUAUGACAGUUAGUCCCUCUGUUAGCCAUGUACAGGGUAAUGCUAUGUUCACAGAUACAGUAUCCUCUAUGGAGUCGUCAUGUGGUACUGAGUCAAGCACUACAGCACUGGGAGUAAUAGUUGGUUUAUUGGUGGCUCUGCUGGUGGUGUUGUUGAUUGUUUGUGGAGCAAUGUGGAAUCGCAUAUCACAGAAAAAUAAACAAAUCUGUAUCUCAUCAGAAACUAACAAACUCUCAACAAUUCAACGGCAACUGAACAACCCAGUAUACAACACAAGCAUGGAACUACACAGUGCAUACAGCUCCAGUGGACCUACCUACGAACAAGUUGACAAUGGAAAUGGACAAGACCACACCUACUCAUUACUGCAGAACACGAAUCGUCGCUCAAAUCAGCUCAAUCCUGUAGACGAGGAGCAAAACUACCAUGUGGUGGAUAGUGGAAGGUGUGAGGGUGUGGAGGGGGCGUGCUUUGAUGGUGUGUACAGUGAGGCUAGUAACUACGAAGUGCCAAUGUCGAGCAAAACGGACAGCAAAGUGUGGCUGUGUGAAGAGGACUACUCCACACUCAAGCAUUGAGAAAUUUUGUACACUUGCAUUGUGAUUAAAAUGUUUACUAUACCUUAAAAUUAUAGAGGCCUAUGCAAUUUGUGUAUAAUUAUUUUUAAGGAAGUGUUAUUGAUUAAUUCUCUCCCAUGCUGCAUGCAUUGAAUAUUGAUUGCUGUUACCUAGCUACUAUAAUGUAUUGGAUGGUGUUGUGUUGUUAUUUGUGUCUAAGAGAUCAUAAUUAUUGAUUUUAAUA